UCCGAAAACGGAGAAGGCAAAAAAACGCUCAAACAAACAAAGCCUAAGUUGAUAUUUAAAAUGGCGUCAUUGUCCCGACACAAAUUUAUUUGUAUAUUGGCGCAUAUUGCUUUGUAUUGUGAUUUGUUAUGAAAUAAGAUGUAACAAAGUGGAUGGCUGUUAAAAACUAUCGUCUAAAUGGCUGUGAAAGAUAUGAUUUACAGAUAGCCAUAUCUCAAAUAUUUUCAUCAACCCAUAAUCAAUAAAUAACAUCAAUCACACAAUUUGAUAACUCAUCUUGUUUAAUUAGUUGAAUAGAAGAAAGAGGCGCACGAGUCUUAUUUCUUAUAUUUCAUGAUUGAGAUUAAGAGUGUGGUUGAGCAAAGUCAGGUGACUCGUGAGCUCACGAGCUGAGCUUAUUGAGCAGCAAGCUCGAGCUCCAGCUAAAACUCGAGCUCAUUUAUUAAACUAGCUUGAGUUCGAAUUUGAUGAGGUUCGACUAAUGAGCUCAUGAGCUUGUUUUUAAUUUACACCAAUAAAAUUUGAAACAUACUUCUACUCCCAAAAAAAUUAGUUAGGAUUUCAAAAGAUCUUUAUCUUUCUAAGAAAAAGCUGCUAUGCAUUAACGAGACUUAUAGCCAUUUUUAAAAAAAUAUAACAAAUGAUCAGUUUUAAAAAAUUAAAAAAAUUGCUACUUAUGUCUUGUUCUACCCUUCUCAUGCAACACCCAGAACUCGUUCUUCUUCUUGGCCAAAUAUGCCGCGAGGACAUGCCUACUUCUUCUACUUGCGAGCCCGUUUAUAUUGCCAUGAGCCAAGCUGCAAGUUGACUUUUGAGCUCAACUCGAGUUUAAGCUCUCGAUUUGGCUAACGAGUCAAACUCGAGUUAGGUACUACUCGAACUAGACUAGGCUUGUUUAUAGUCCUAAUUUAGAUAGUGAAAAUUUUGUCAACUUACUCUCUUCCACUCUACUCUAUCUACUUCUCAUUCUCAUUGUGGCUCACUAGACGGAUCUACUAGUAAAGUCGGAUAUCAUUCGUCGAAUAAAUUUGAAUUGAUUGUUUAAUAAUUAAAAUUGAAAUUAUCAUCUAAACUGUUGCGAGAGAAAUUAUGUCCUAGAUAUAUCAAAUUCACGAUGAAUCUAAAAAAAAAUUCAUUGAAUCAUCCUCAUUAAAUAACAUCAAUCACAUAACUUGAUAACUCAUCUUAUUUAAUUAGCUGAAUGAAACAACUAGAUCAAUAUUAUUCUAAAAAUUAGAGGUUAAUAUUGUAUUAUUGGUCUUGUACAUAUGGCUUCAAAUAAAUCAAACUCGAUACAAUUUAUUUAAAAUUAUUUUUUCAACAAACUUCCUCAAAAAUUUAAUAUUCUAAAUUUUUUCUUCCAUUAGUAUUUACUAUUUAGGCCAUCCCGACCAAACACGAAACAAAUGUUUGUCGUCGGCCUUUAGCUCAAACAGAAUGCGAGUUCCCGUGACAUUGUGGUGUCGCACUGUUCACAAAGAUUAUUUUAUUAAAUAAAAAAAUAAACUUCUAAUUGAAAUUAGACUUCUCAUUCUUGAUUAUUACUAAUCAAUCAAAUUUGAGCUCGAGCUCGACAAUAAUAAUAUAAGUUUAAAUUAUCUUAUUAGCCAACACAUUUGUUAUUAAACAAAUAAGAUUAUUUUAACUCAACAAACUAUUUUAAUAAAAUGAAAAUAAAAAAAAAAUUGUAGAAAAAUAAUAAGAAUUAAGUAGAAAAAAAGAGAGAUGAUUUUGAUAAUAUUUUUCAUGAUUUUACGUUUAAAUUAUUGAAUUUAAAAAGUUAUGAGGUUGGCAACGCCAAUAACCCGAUCAAUAACGCACUAGGAAACCUAGUUGUCUCUUCUUCUAGCCCCAAGGCCCAAAGCACGGAAGAUGGAGGAAAGGGAUCCGUGGCUCGCCGUCGACAAACUCGAGCACUUGAUUGCCUGCUUCUUCAUCAGCGUUCUCGUCGCCACCCUCGCCCGCCGGAGCCACCGCUCCUUCAUCCGCCGGCGGAGCGUCGCGCUGGGCUCCGUCACUGCCCUCGCCGCUGGCGCAGCCAAGGAAGCCGGCGACGAGAUCGGCCUCUGGAAAUCUGCCGGCGGCUCAGUCCGAGACGCCGCCGCCGAUGCCCUUGGCGUCGCCCUAGCUGCCGCGGCCCUCGCCCUCGCCGACAGUCUCAAGCCCUCCGAUCAACGGCGACGCAGUUCGGAUCGAGAUCAGGAAGAUCUGUCUGCGGUUUAGAUUUGUAGAGAUGGAUCAGUCUCAAAAUCCAUUUUUUACCCUUUUUUUUUUUUAAGUCCCAUUAGUUUUGGGCUCCCUCUUGUUUUAAAUUUUUUUAAAUAAUAAUUUUUAAAUUCUAUAAAGGUAGGAUUUCAAGAUUUUUUGUUUAUUUAGUUAGAAGUGAAUCCAAUAUAAAAUAAAAUUUGGAUUUUUGGAGGUCCUCUAAAUAUUUUUUUGAUAUAUUUCAAAUUGGCCAAAAUUAGGCAAAUUGGAAAUACACCGAUCGCAGAUGAGAUUCUCAAACAUGAAGGCUUCGCUUAUGACAACU